AGUAAGUAUUAGUCUGGUCUGAUUACCUAAUCGGAAAACACAUAAAUAAAUAUAAACAGAGAACAGUGAGAACUUAUUUGAGUGGCAAUUAUUUUGUCAUCUACAUGACACAAAUGUAUACCUUGUCAAAUUAUAAGCCCGUCGAAAUCGAUCAAUAUCGGCUCGUCAUUAGUGGCUUAGUGCACACUUGCGCAGACAUUUUACUAUAAUUUAAUUCAAUAUUUACGGUAACUUCUAUUAAAACCAUGGGAGAAAUAUCAUUCGAAACUUCGGCUUAUGCUAAAAUUAUACUACAUGCUGCUAAAUACCCGCAUUGUGCGGUCAACGGGGUACUGUUGGCGGACGCCACUAAAAUUAGGGAUGGAGCUAAGAACCAAGAUGUGGAUAUCGUUGAUACCGUGCCGCUGUUCCACAUCAACCACUAUGUGUCACCGAUGGCAGAAGUAGCGCUGACACAGAUUGAAACUUUAGCUCAGACUAACAACCGCAUAAUAGCAGGCUACUAUGCUGCUUGCGAGAACUUCAAAGAUAAUACCACGGACAAAUGUCCGGGACAAAAGAUUGCAGAGAAAAUAGUUGAGCACUUCCCGUCAGCUGUAUUUGUUGUGAUUGAUAACAGAAAGAUGAUGCAGCAUCUGGUCACGUCUGCUCUGAGAAUGCACACCUUUGUUGAGGGCAAGUGGAAGCCCGUAGAUCAGAACCGGUUUGGUUUCCAUUCCCGAUACGUGUUGGAUACUGUAUCCCAUUUACUGCAGCGAGGUGUGCAGAAGGAUCUCGUCGACUUUGACAACUAUCUAGAUGACGUCACACAAGACUGGACCAAUCUUGGCAUUGAAAAGCUGAUCGCUAGUAUCAACGCUUCUAACACCAUCGAUUGUAAAGAAGAUUAAGUUGCGUAUUCUAGAAAGCAGUAAUAUAUAAUAUCUGCUCACUAUACAGGUAUAUGGCAGUGCACUUGAAAAUAGACUUUUAAACUAUGGUCAUAAUGUCUAUAAAUGUUUGAUCAUCAUUGCCUUACGAAGAUAUAUUUUCUGACUCAGUCAAGCUGUUGUGAGCUUUCGAUCAAUAGAUUAAAAGUCCACUUUUGAGUGAAUCUACUUUAAAGUAAAGGCCAAAGACAGAAUUUACUACUUAUAUAAUCUGUCACUAAGUGCAAUAACAGCAUUUAUAAAUUUUGUAAGUGUAUUCAAUGGUAGAGGAUACUUUUUAUAUCUGCAUUUGUAUGUUCAUAUAAAUAUAAUAUUGGAAUUCAAUGUAUAAUCUGUAGGAGUAUAUUAUACUUACCUAUUUAUUGUCUAUGGGUAGUUUAGUUUAUUAUUUAUUUAAAACUAUUCAUUCCUUACCGUCUUAGUUUAUAAACUACAUAGGAAUAAUAAAAUUAGUUUAGAUGUAACAAUAAAUGCUGAGAGGACACAAUUAAGUUACAAUUUUAAACUCUAUCUUGUAAGCUAUAAAACUCAUUUUACUCUCGCAACUUCUAUGAGUAAUGUGGAAGUGAGAUGGCGAACUACAAUACGUAUAACGGCAUCUCAUUUCCUCAGCGACACAAUAUUCUACGAACUCAUUAUGAUGAGCACAAUAUUAUAAUAAUUCAACCAAUAUUCAUGUAAUCAGUAGCAUUUCAUAGUUUUUUAAACUACAAUAAAACCAUACAUUAUGUAA